ACGGCCAAGAGCCCAGAGCAGCAAUGCAAACAUAGCAAAACCCCGCUGCUCCGGAUCGCGCGCGUGAGCUGAUCUCACCUUAUCCGGACACCCACACGAAGACGGGCGCUAACAAUCACCCAGCAGCUGCCAUGGAGCGGAGGCUGUCGGCGGUGUCCAGGCGGUCCGCGCCGUCGCCCAUCCAGCAGCUGUCCCACCUGGCGCAGCGCGUCGGCGCCGUCAACCUCGCCGAGGGCUUCCCCGACUUCCCCGCGCCGCCGCACGUCAAGGCCGCCGCUGCCACCGCCAUCGCCGCGGACCUCAACCAGUACAGGCAUGUGCAGGGGAUCUGCGACAUCCUCGCCAACACGAUGAAACGGGACCAUGGCCUCGACGUCGACCCGCUCACGGACUUCGUCAUCUGCUGCGGCCAAUCCGAAGCAUUCGCUGCGGCAAUCUUUGCAAUAAUCGACCAAGGAGAUGAAGUUUUGCUCUUCGACCCUGCUUAUGAAACGUAUGAGACAUGCAUUGAGCUAGCUCGAGGCGUCCCUGUGUAUGUGCCAUUGGAUCCACCUUCUUGGACUCUGAACGAAGACAAUUUUCUGAAAUCUUUUUCAAGUCGGACCAAGGCAGUGGUCUUGAACAGCCCACACAAUCCAACAGGGAAGGUCUUCAGCAAAGAGGAGUUGCUUAUUAUCUCUCAGGCUUGUCAGAAAAUGGACUGCUUUGCGAUAACUGAUGAGGUUUAUGAGUAUAUUACUUACGAUGCAAACAAGCAUAUCUCACUGGCUUCUCUUCCAGGGAUGCAAGAGAGGACCAUCAUCACAUCCUCACUGUCAAAAACUUACAGUGUAACUGGUUGGAGACUCGGUUGGGCUUGUGCAGCAGCAAGCAUCGCCUCAGCUAUUAGAAAUAUCCACAUUAAACUAACAGAUUCAGCUCCUGCACCAUUCCAAGAAGCUGCGUUGGUUGCUUUAACAAGCACAGCAGACUACUACACAUCCCUGAAAAAAGACUAUGAGGUGAAAAGAGACUUCAUCCUUCAGUUGCUGAAAGACUUCGGCUUCAAAAUCAGCUUCAAGCCACAAGGUUCAGUAUUUGUGUUUGCUGAGCUGCCAAAGUCCUGUCAACUUUCAGAUGAGGACUGCUGCGUGCUGCCUCUUUCACAGGACUUUCAGAUAGAAUUUGUGACAAAGUUGAUCAACGAUGCUGGUGUGGCUGCCGUGCCUGGCCGUGGGUUCUUCCACAAGACUUGUGACGGUGAAAGCUACCGUCACCGGUAUGUCAGGUUUGCAUUCUGCAAGGGCGACGACACACUUAAGGCUGCUGCCAUGAAGAUGAAGAAGCUGGCAAGCAGGCAGGGAGAACCAUGGCUUACUGGCAGACAAGAAGAUCAGACUAUGCCUGCCUCUAAUUGAUCGAAACCUUUUCAUUGUUUUACUUGAAUAGAUUUAUUCCUCUUUUUGAUACAACUUUGAUAUCAUGUCAUGUUUCUUUCCGUACAAUAUAUUAUACUUUGACAGAGCAACCUUGCGAACGCAUCCCAUAAAAGUGUAACACCUAGUUGCAUCGUUUUUGUGCUGCUGCAUUGUGAUGCCUGCUAAUAGUAACAUGAUAUCUCA